CAUAGGCUCGUUUCUUGCUGUCGACGUCUGCCAGAUGGGCUGAAUAUAUAGCACAGACGACAGGGAGAGUUCUGAUGGAUAGUUCGUUAGCUGAGGUGGGAGGUAGUUUCAGAGAUUCUACACGAACAGUUUCAGCUAUGUAGCAGAUGUGGAGUGUUGUAUACUGGGAGAAAUGAAGCCCGAAAAAGGUGGAUCAGACAUGGAGGAUACUGUGUGGGUUCCCGCCGAUUUGUUUGCCGAGAUAGGACUGUUGGUGACCGAGGCCAGAACCCCAGAUCAGUCCCCUAAAGGGCGUGUUGAGGGCCCCCACUGUCUCCCCGUACAAGGGGUCAGAGCUCAUGUUUGUGAUAAACACAGGCAACAGUGCCGGAAGACUGACUUGCAGAAAAAGCACAUGUACAUGUUGACAAAGAAUAUGAUACCAAUGCGAAUUGAUGUUCUUCUGAUGCCGAAUUGUGAUCAUGGUCAGCUGGAAGCUUGUACUGUGGUUGGUUCGAUCACAGCUAGUCAGGAGGAUAUGACUUUGUUAGAGAGAUGGGAUGUCCAGAUUUUGUCCAAACGAAGAUUGGAGAGAUGCGAGACUGGGUUUGUGACCGGAAGAGUUCUGCUACAGGCUGUACGGAGUUAUCUUCACUUCUCCCAGCUCAGUUCCUGGCUCACCUCACAGAGGGGUCAGCUACCAGUGCAGGUUGUGUACAGAGUUUAUGCUCCUGGAGAGUCAGUGUGCCAUGAAUUCACAUCAUUACCUGAGAAACAUCAUUUCCCGAUCGCUGACCUGUCACAUUCUGCCGUUCGUGCCGAAGUGUCAUCCAUCCCACGUCAGCAGACCAUUCCAAUAUUUCUAUGCAUGGAGGAUGAUUCUCUGAGUGGAUUUACACGAAAACGAAAAAGUCCAGUGCAGCCAGACGAUAUCUGUUCAGGGGAGGGAAGUCUUUUCACUGAACCAAACGAAAAGAAACAAAAUCUACCUGUAAAAAAACACUUCGCUGCCCGACAGGGAUACAAUACAAGUGCAGUCUGUACUUUCAGGUCGCCCUGUGAAACUUCAGAUCAAUCAAACAUCGUAUCAAAACAGAGAGAUUACUGUUUGCCUUCAGUUUCCUGCUCCACCUCAGUUCUCCAUCUUCCACCAGCCUUGUGUAAAGAUGCUGUCCAAGGGAAGCAACUCUGGACAGCAAAUCAUUCUUCCAUUCCAUGUGAGACUCAGUAUGAAUUAAGAAAACCACCUAACGGUCAGCCACCUAAACGUAGCAAAAAUGUAGAAGGCUUUUCUAAAAAUUUCAAUGAUCAAGAUGUUGAAAGUCAAUGUCAACAGCGGUCAAAGUUUGACCAGACCGUGGACAAUGGUCAAUCCUGUUCCAGAUUAGAUAUAAAAUCUGAUAGGUCCAAUUCUGAUAUUUCUGAAAAAAUAUCUGCAAUGAAACAGACGUUCAAGGGGAAUCCCCUGAAUUUAUCAGAUCAUCGCCAUGAAACUUCGUACUCCAAGACCCACGAGCCAUCUGUACUUGUAAAGCGUUUACCUAGCCCUAAGGUACUCCUAACGAGUACCGGAAACACAAAAGGAUCUCCGGUGUUCUUCAAACGUCGGAAGAUUGAUCUUGGUUCUCCGGGGGACCAGUAUGAUAGCAUAACGGAAGAUCGUGUGUUUUCAGAUACCAUAAAUGAUUCGGUGAAGCCGCUGAAAUCGGAAGAUAUUGAAGCGUACCUCUCUAGUCUAACACAUCAUGGCCCGAUCUCCGAGAAAACAAGCACCACACUUGAUACCAUUCCUCUCACACAGUGUCGUUUCUACAUCGGAGAUGAAACCAAGAAAAUCGUGGAUAUUCCGCCACCCAAAUUGAAACACGAUUCAACAUCGGAACGAAAUCAAAGUGAAGAGGAAGUUAAUUCUAAACAUACCGUUGUACGGCAUCUAUUUAAAAAGAGUCUUUCUGAACCUGGGCCUAGUCUAUGUCAACUAGAAGCUUGUGACAUAAGUCUAAACAAGGGUGAAAAAGAACAUUCUGGUGCUGUGUUAUCCCAGAAGCUUUCAAUUUCACAAAAUGUUGAAGAUUUAUCCGAAAAUGGGUAUUCGGAUGAUUCCACACCAACCAAUAGUCUUUCAGAUUCAAACGAUGCUCUAAUAUCGAGUCAUCUUUCAUCUAAUUCAUCAUCUGCUUCAUCCACUGGUGUUGCCAUGAGGAAAUCAUCCCCGGUUCAUUCAGAUCAGUGGUCUACAUCAUGUGACCUUGUCUUGCCAAAUACAAGGACAAAUCAGAAAGGGGAGGUAACUUGUGAAAUAAAACAAGAUAUUUCCAUCCAUUUAACAAAAGACGAUUCUUGCUUUGAACUGGAGAGAGGAUUAUCAGGUCUAAACUUAAAAUGUGAUUCUAGUCGUUCUGGAUCGACCGGGAAUGUUGAUCAGAUGAGAAGUUCAAACCCUAACUGUGAUUUAACUGUUGUUGGCGAUGACAAGGACUUUUCUGUCAAUGGUGACGCGUCCAAACAUGACAAUAUCUGUGAUAAAAAUAACCUGACAAAGAGUCGGAAGGCAGAGGGAGCAACUCUCUGUAAACACAUACUGAAUAAGGAACUGAAGAAGAAUCUACACAAUGAAGAAGCUAUUGGAGAAUGUUUGCGUACAGAAAAACCACAGAAAGCAGAUAUUUUUGAGUUCCGUCAGACGCUGGACAGGAGCUCUGCAAUGGUGUUUAAUUCCUCUACGGGGCUACCUUCUCGCUCAAGUCCGGCUCCUGUGAAAAGGAAGUCCACAGGGCGAUUCGACUAUGACAACACACUUAUCAAUGCACGAGCCAUUAAAAAUGCGCUCUCCUGCUCAAAGUUGGUGCUCCAAUCGGAAUGUACAGUGGUUGCCGAUGACAACUCCAGUAAAGUUUUGAGCACAAGUGCUCCAGCUUCCACCAACUGUCUUCUAGGAAACUUUGAGGAGUCUGUACUGAAUGGUCGAAUUGAGCCUGUCGGAGUAGUGAGUGGUUUCACCGCCGAGAUUGGGGCCGGAGGCUGCUUCUGUCCCAAACACGUAACGAUUCCAGUCACGGCCUACUUCUUCCAGCUGUCGGACGAUAACGCCCCGUCCCCCUACCUGGGUCAUAUAAACCUGGAUUCCAUAGGGAAGAGGGGAUAUCACAUUCCAAAGUGUGGAACAUUACAAGUGACCCUGUUCAAUCCCAACAAAACAGUCGUCAAGAUGUUUGUUGUCAUGUACGAUCUCAGUGAUAUGCCCCCUAACUGCCAAACAUUCCUACGACAGAGAACGUUGUACACGCCAGUGGAUCCAAACAGUUCUGAGCCGUCUUAUCUUCGUUAUCUCAUCCACCUCCGAAUAUCAAGCACAAAGACUGGAAAGGUCUUCCUCCAUACAGAUAUACGACUCAUAUUUGCUAGAGACAAAUUUGAAUUCGAUCCAAAAGUUGCCAACUAUGAACUGCGUUCUUACACAGAAGGGCCACAGAACCCCAAAUUCUCCCCAAAGAGGUGAUGAUGGCGUUCUGUAGGGGACACAAUUGAACAGUGCUUAUCAGAAAAAACUUACCUAUCUAUACUGGAAUGAAGGAGCCAAAAUAUUGAUGGUGAAAUAUUUGAUCUGCAUUCAUUUUAAAAUUAAUGGACCUCAAUGGCCGAUUUUUUUUUUUUUUUUUUUUUUUAGGAAUACACUGGUUUAAACUGACAUUUGUUCUUGAUGCUUGGAGCUUGUAAAUCAAUUAAGUGAUAUUUACUAACAUGAAACCCAAGAUAUACAUUAUAAAAGCUGUACCAAAUAAGAAACGACGACAACAACAAACAUAAAAACUAAAAUGCUUAAGUUCCAAACAUUUAAGUCCUAAAUAGAUCAUGUGAGGAUGUGAUUUAGAUAUUAAUGUGUGUAAGAAUAAAUUACAGAGAAGUUUCUUUAUCUAAAACAUAAAAUCAGAUACAUUCCUGGGGCUAAAAUGUCAAUAAAAACUGUUUUGUGAGCGCUUUAUUUCUGGACGUGGUUACCCUAGAUAUGAAAAGUCCUUGAAUUUCAACACUGAUGCCUGAAAAAGUCUUUGAAUUUGAUGAUUCAGAGUAUGUUUUAACCAUGUUAGAGGAAUUAGAUAGCAAAAGGUACUUGUGUCAAAUUGUGUCAAGUUUCAAAUGUUUUAAAAUUCAUAGACGUUGUUGAUUAAAAUUAUCCACUUAAUCAUCAAAAUUAAUACCCCAGGAAAAUUUAUGGUUUUUACUGUUUGAGAAAUUGUGUCAGCUUUCAAAUGUUUUUAAAUUCCAAAGACUUUGUUGAUUAAAAUUACCCGCUUAAUCAACAAAAGUAAAACCCCAGGAAAAUUGAUGAUUUUAACUGUAGGAUUGUGAUACAGGCUGGUUGAGAGAUGAAAGUCAGUAAAGGAGGCCUCAUACUACGGUCGGUGCUCUGUGAAUCUGUUACAUAUUGCAUUUGAAUCUUUUGUUUACAACAAUAGCGCUCACUCUAUUUAUUGUAACUUUUGUUUUCUAUAUUUAAAUUCAUUAUAUCUUUGUUUCCCUUUUCUUUGUCCUUUCUACCUUCCUUCCUUUCCCUAGCUUUCCAUCAUUUCUACCUUCCUUCCUUCCUCUCCCUAGCUCUGUUUCCUCCAUCAUUUAUUCCUUCCUUCCUUCCUUUCCCUAACUCCCUUUCCUCCGUCAUUUCUACCUUCCUUCCUUCCUCUCCCUAGCUCAGUUUCCUCCAUCAUUUAUUCCUUCUUUCCUUCCUUUCCCUAACUCCCUUUCCUCCGUCAUUUCUACCUUUCUUCCUUCCUCUCCCUAGCUCAGUUCCCUCCAUCAUUUAUUCCUUCUUUCCUUCCUUUCCCUAACUCCCUUUCCUCCGUCAUUUCUACCUUCUUUCCUUCCACUCCCUAGCUCCCUUUCCUCCAUCAUUUAUUCCUUCUUUCCUUCCACUCCCUAGCUCCCUUUCUCCAUCAUUUCUACCUUCCUUCCUCUCCCUAGCUCAGUUUCCUUCAUCAUUUAUUCCUUCCUUCCUUCCACUCCCCAGCUCCCUUUUCUGUCAUUUCUUUCUUCCUUCCUUCCUCUCCCUAGCUCUGUUUCCUUCAUCAUUUCUUCCUUCCUCUCCCUAGCCCCCAUUCCUCUUCCUUUCUACCUUCCUUCCUUUUCCUAACUCCAUUUCCUCUGUCAUUUCUACCUUCUUUCCUUCCUUAAGCUCCUUUUCUACCUUCCUUCCAUCCACUAGAUCCCUUUCCCGACACACAUAUACCAGGUCAUGCUUUUAAAUUGUUAUGUAUGAUUAUUUUGCUGUUUUGUUUGGAGAGAAAAGUGUUGAUAUAUGUUAUGUAUAUGUUGAUAUUUUAUAAGUGAUAUACAUAUAUAUAUAUAUAUGUAUGUAUGCUCAGUGAGUUUGAUUGAGACAUGUGUAGUGUAUAGUUAGCCUGUGAGUUUGUGAGUACCUGAAUUCUUUAUAGACUGGUCAAAGUUUGUCAGUAUGGUUUGUUAGGUAUAAUUGUACUCAACAACACAAUACAAACAUUUGUUUAUAUCCUUCAAAAUAGGGGCCGCGGUGGCCGAGUGGUUAAGGUGUCCCGACACUUUAUCACUAGCCCUCCACCUCUGGGUUGCGAGUUCGAAACCUACGUGGGGCAGUUGCCAGGUACUGACCGUAGUCCGGUGGUUUUUCUCCGGGUACUCCGGCUUUCCUCCACCUCCAAAACCUGGCAUGUCCUUAAAUGACCCUGGUUGUUAAUAGGACGUUAAAGAAAACAAACCAAAUAGACUGGUCAUAGUUUGUCUGUAUGGUUCGUUAGGUAUAAGUGUACUAAAAACACAAUACAAACAUUUGUUUAAAUCCUUCACAAUACACGGAAUUAGAUUUGCGAUUAGCAUCUCAAAGCCGGAAUGUGUUUACUUGUGUUAAUGUUAAAUAGAAAGUACAAAAGAGACUUACAUCAAUACCAGAUACAGGGUAUGUCAAAGACACCUGUAUUAUAAAUCACGUUCAUCCUCUAGGACUUAAUCUAGUAAUACAAGGGGCCAAAAAUGGAAAUCCAAAAGUUCGGUAAAAUCCAACCUACCUAGACCAAGAACGGUGUGAUCUUACCCCGUAAUUAAAUCCGUUUGGGUUUUUGUAGAAUCCGAGAAAACCAUAAAAUACAAUGAUCAUUCUCUACCCGAGUCACUGUUUAUAAGAAUUUAAAUGUGGCCUACGAGGUCUAGAUCAGCUAGAUAAUUAGUCUUUAAGGAAUGGUGAACAUGCUAGUUUUAAACCUUCAGAAUACUGUGUAUUGUUAAACACUUAAAACAACGUAACUGUGUACAGCUGUAGGUGUUACAGGUUAUUAUAGACAUCUUGUUUAAAUAGAGAAAUGAUUGUUAGAAACUGUUUGAUGGGUGGUAUUAAGGUCAAAGAAAGACAUAAAUCUAUAGGUACACACAAGUUAAAUACAUCUGUAGGUCAACUUUAGGUACACACAAGUUUUACAUCUUUAGGUACACACAAGUUAUACAUCUAUAGGUACACACAAGUUAUCAAUCUGUAGGUACACACAAGUUAUAAAUCUAUAGGUACACACAAGUUAUAAAUCUGUAGGUACACACAAGUUUUACAUCUUUAGGUACACACAAGUUUUACAUCUUUAGGUACACACAAGUUAUACAUCUUUAGGUACACACAAGUUAUACAUCUAUAGGUACACACAAGUUAUACAUCUGUAGGUACACACAAGUUAUACAUCUUUAGGUACACACAAGUUAUACAUCUUUAGGUACACACAAGUUUUACAUCUUUAGGUACACACAAGUUAUAAAUCUAUAGGUACACACAAGUUUUACAUCUUUAGGUACACACAAGUUAUACAUCUUUAGGUACACACAAGUUUUACAUCUUUAGGUACACACAAGUUAUACAUCUUUAGGUACACACAAGUUUUACAUCUUUAGGUACACACAAGUUAUAAAUCUAUAGGUACACACAAGUUAUACAUCUUUAGGUACACACAAGUUAUACAUCUUUAGGUACACACAAGUUUUACAUCUUUAGGUACACACAAGUUUUACAUCUUUAGGUACACACAAGUUAUACAUCUAUAGGUACACACAAGUUAUACAUCUGUAGGUACACACAAGUUAUACAUCUUUAGGUACACACAAGUUAUACAUCUUUAGGUACACACAAGUUUUACAUCUUUAGGUACACACAAGUUAUACAUCUGUAGGUACACACAAGUUAUACAUCUUUAGGUACACACAAGUUAUACAUCUUUAGGUACACACAAGUUUUACAUCUGAAGGUACACAAGUUAUAAAUCCGAGUGUGCGUGUAUAUAAAUAAGGUACCCACCACUUUAAUAAUGAGUGAAAGUCGAUUAUGAUUUUGAAUUUUGAAUUUUAUCAGCGGAGGGAUUUUCUGUGCUUUAUAUGUGUGCAAAUGGUAUUUUAUUUAUUAUUUGAUAUUUACAUUGAAAAAAUGUAUAAAAGUGUUAUGCAAGCGAGUUAUGUAUUUGAAUUUAAAUUAUACAUUAUAAAUAUACUGUUAUGCAAUCUCUUUGAUCCUGGAAAAUAAAAGCCAAGUGUGAGAAAAACAA